UUUACGGCAUUUCCUAACACGGAUGAUCUCUAUAAGGCUACAGUUGGUAAUUCUCGGAGGAACGGAUUCAAUUUAAAGGGACUAAUGUUUCCGGAAUUAAAGUUUAACUCGUGUGUAUUCAAAUGUUAAAGGAAGUAAAUUAAAGUGUUUUCUUUCAUUAAAAUAGUGUUUGGAAUUAGAAAGAAAAGAAGAAAAAAAUUAACGCGAGAUAGUUUUCUUUUUUCGCAGUUUGAUAAAGAAAGGUUACGGAUAUAUCAAGAAUUAUACUUUUUGAUGUGAUGAUGUCUUGAUGUGACACAAAUGGCUGCUUCAACGAGUAAAGCCAGGGAAGAUGGCAUUACGGUAGUGCAGAGCAAAUCCGCAGACGACGAAGUUGUAGAAAAUGGCGGAAUUAGUCCUCAGCUCUCUGUUAAGACGGAUGACGAUGCUUGCUCAGAAAUAAUACGCAUUGAAAACGAGGCUAAGGACGAAGAUGAAAACACAGCGAUUGGUCGGAUUGUUAAAACAAUACAGGUUAUCAAAGCAUGGGCUUCCGGUCGAUUACGGGGAACGCGGCCUUUACCACAGCGACCGGACUCGUUUCUCGAGCGUGUGGCUAUGGGCGGAAAUAAUGAAUCUAGGUCACAUACUCCAGAAAGAAGAACGAGAAAAAUAUCGGACAUAAAGUACUGGAAAGGUUUUGUCGUCGAUCCCUCGGACACAUUCUACUACCGUUGGUUACUGUUUGUGUCAUGCGCAGUGAUGUAUAAUGUACUGUUUAUAAUUGCUCGUAGUGUGUUUAUUGAACUACAAGAUAGUUAUGUCGCUUUGUGGCUUACGUUGGACUACCUUGGUGAUGUAAUGUACAUAAUGGACAUGUUUGUGUCCUCUAGAACAGGUUAUUUAGAGGAGGGGCUACUUGUGACAAACCCACAGAAGUUGAGGAAAAACUACAUAAAAAGUACCAACUUUAAAAUGGACAUUAUCAGUAUACUUCCAACUGAUGUAUUGUAUAUAAUUACUGGAUUAGGCGUGCCAGAACUUCGUUUUAACCGUAUAUUUAAGUUUGGAAGAUUGUUCGAAUUUUUUGACCGGACGGCGACCCGGACAAGUUUCACAAACUUAUUUAGAAUAAUGAACCUUGUUUUGUAUAUAUUAAUAAUCAUCCAUUGGAAUGCAUGCAUUUAUUUUGCAAUAUCUCAUGCAAUAGGUUUCGGAACAGACAAAUGGGUGUAUCCGAAUUCAUCGCUACCAGAAAAUAGACCUUUGACCCGGAAGUAUAUUUACAGUUUCUAUUGGUCAACCUUGACAUUAACUACUAUAGGUGAAACACCGCAGCCAGAAAGAGACAUUGAAUACCUCUUUGUUGUUGUAGACUUUCUUAUUGGAGUGCUCAUUUUUGCUACGAUUGUUGGUAAUGUUGGUUCAAUGAUAACAAAUAUGAACGCAACACGAGCCGAGUUCCAGCAGAAAAUGGAUGGUGUUAAGCAAUAUAUGGACUUUAGGAAAGUUUCCAAAGAGUUGGAGCAGAGGGUGAUAAAGUGGUUUGAUUAUCUGUGGAUAAAUAAACAGUCCUUAAACGAGGAAGAAGUGCUGUGCGCUCUCCCAGACAAGCUUAAAGCUGAGAUAGCGAUACAUGUGCACUUAGAAACGCUAAAAAGAGUGGCCUUAUUCCAAGACUGUGAGCCGGGAUUAUUAGUGGAACUGGUGCUGAAAUUAAAGUUACAAGUUUUCAGUCCGAUGGACUACAUAUGUCGUAAAGGUGAUAUUGGUAAAGAAAUGUACAUUGUUAAACGCGGACAGCUUGGUGUUGUCUCCGACGACGGAAAAACAACUUUUGCUACUCUAAGUGAAGGCAGUGUGUUUGGUGAAAUAAGUAUUUUAAAUAUUGCAGGCAAUAAAAAUGGUAAUAGGCGUACUGCUAAUAUUAGAAGCGUUGGUUACUCAGACUUGUUUUGUCUAUCAAAAGACGAUCUUUGGGAAGUUUUAAAUCAAUACCCCGAUGCUAAGAAAAUCCUUAUUGAUAAAGGAAAGAAAAUUCUAAGAAAGGACAAUUUGCUUGAUGAAGAUCUCAUGGAAAGAAUGGAACAACAGGAAGAGUCGACUGAACAAAAACUUGAACGUAUUGAAAACAGUUUAGACACACUUCAGACUCGAUUUGCCAGACUUUUGGCUGACUUUAACUCAACUCAACAAAAACUCAAACAACGAAUAACGCGCGUUGAGAAAACUCUUCCCAAAGAUGCAGAUGCGAUUUCGAAUACGUCAUAUUUAGACACGUGAGAAAAACAAUAUUCCAUGAAUUGAAUUGAGU